GCUUGCCUUGCUACCACCAUGUCCCUAUUCCCUGACUACUACAAGCUCUUGGAUGUCCCUCAGUCUGCAUCGCAAGAUGAAAUCCGGCAGGCCUAUAAGCGAGAAUCCCUUAGGACGCACCCAGAUAGACUUGUGAAUGCUACCUCUUCGGAAAAGAAACUGGCAACCGAAAAUUUUCAAGCCGUUGCUGAUGCAUACUUUGUACUUUCGGAUCCAACUCGACGAAGGGAAUAUGACACUCUUUAUGCCUCUCGGGCAUCUAAAGAUUCUGCGACGGACCCCAACUCAUCUUCCAACCUUUUCUCGCAAUUCACUGCCAUGUUCGGCGGCGGAGGCGCUCCUCGUCAGCAACCAGAUGCUGAAGGUGUUUUCGCUGAUGUUUUCGAAGAGUUGCUCAGACCUGAAGUAGAACAUCACGUCCCUUGGUGGUCAUAUCUUGGAGCGGCUUCCGGUGCUGGUAUCGGGUUCAUAGUCGCGAAUAUUCCGGGUUUGAUGCUUGGAGCAUUUGCCGGGAACAAGUUAGGGGCUAUCAGAGAUGCCAAGGGAAAGAGCGUAGCUGCUGUGUUCAGUGAGCUUGGUGGAAGCCAAAAGGCCGAGAUUCUGCGUGCGUUGGCAAUGAAAGUUCUUGGGUCUGCGUUGUAAACUGUCUAGGGACUUUAUCUGAUACCUAUAGUAUUUAUAUACUAGCCGUUAAACAGGACGGCAUCAUCAUCCUCUCUAAGUUAGUCGUUAUUAUCAUUAGUCGAAGAGCCAUCUGCUCUGACUUGUCUCCACAGCGUAACAUCAGUCAUUCAAGUUAUGACACAGACAGAAAUUUUGAUUUGAAACAUAGUACAGAUG